AUGGUUUUCAAUGGUCCGAGUGUCGUCGUUCUCGUCGGUUGUCGAUUCUUUGCCUCCCAGAACAGAAAAGACCAUUUUAGGAGUUCACUUCACAUCUUGCUUAUGAGUCUGGUGGGUCUUCAGCACCUGGACACUGGUGCUGGCUUCCGCAUCCUGGCCACCUUUUUCUUUCCCGCGAAAAGCCACUCCAUGAUGACCAACGCGAUCAUUCGGGAACUGGUGAAACGUGGUCAUGAAGUCACCAUGAUAACUUCCGUAUCUAUGGCCGAGGAAAACCUGGGACCAAAUUACAGGGAAAUUCCAAUUCCGCCGUACGAAAUCUUGCCAAAGGUUCAAGCGCUAACCAAGAAAAAGAACACGAUGGAGAUGACCGAUGUGGACAACCUGGCCUUCCUGAGAAUGAUUAAUUUAUUGGGAGGCACCACAGACUUUGCCUUCGAGCAGCCAGAGGUUCAGGCAGUGAUCAAUGCCACAGAUAAGGUCGGGAAGUACGAUCUCCUCCUGGCGGAGCAGUUCUUCAACGAGGGAGCCCUCAUCCUUGGACACCUCUACCAGAUACCCAUCAUCACCAUCUCGACCUUUGGCUUUGCCAAUUACCUCAGUCAGUUGUUUGGAGUGGUCUCUCCCUGGUCAUAUGUUCCACACGUCUAUUUGCCAUAUUCUGACAAGAUGACGCUGUGGGAACGAAUACAUAAUGUGGCAUUCAGUGGCGUCGAAGACCUUCUCAGAGAGUUCACCUAUUACCCCCUCCAAGAUGCCAUUCUGCAGAAGCACUUCUCCAAGAGGCUAGAAAGAGUUCCCACCGUCAAGGAGCUGGAGAGGAAUAUUUCGGCCAUCCUGCUGAACAGUCACAUGCCACUGUUCUCGGCCAGACCCGUUUCCUAUAAUAUGAUACAAUGUGCUGGUCUGCACAUUCAGCCGCCAAAGGCUCUGCCCGAGGAUAUCCAACAGUUCCUGGAUGGAGCUUCCCAUGGGGCUAUUUACUUCAGUCUGGGCUCUCAGGUGCGCAGUGCCGAAAUGUCGCCUGAAAAGCGAAAGAUAUUCCUGGAUGUCUUCGGAAGCCUCAAGCAACGUGUCCUGUGGAAGUUUGAGAACGAGUCAGUGCCCAAUCUUCCGGCAAAUGUUAUGAUGAAGAGUUGGCUGCCUCAGGCCGACAUCCUGGCACACCCCAAUGUAAAAGUGUUCUUUGGCCAUGGAGGUACCAAUGGCGUCAUAGAGGCGAUGCACUAUGGAGUUCCGAUGCUCGGCAUGGCCAUUUAUAGUGAUCAGUACCAUCACGUCAAUCAGGGCAAGAAGGCGGGCUAUUUA